AUGUAACUAUCAAAGUAAAGCGCUUAAUACGAGUGUGCCACGGAAGAUUUACAUUCAGCCAACAAGAAGUGUGUAUUCAUGGCUGCUGUCAUGAUCUUACUAGUGGUGAUUUUCUACGCAUCCCAUUCAAGGCAAAAUGUCGUGGCGUAUAUGGGCAAGCUGACAGAAGGUUCCGUUCAAAAAGUGGACGGGGCCCAUAGCAAUCUAUUGAAGCUUUACCAGAAGAAACUUGGAGAUUUGCAGAAGUCCAAUCUGUGGUCGACCAUCCCAAACACUCCUACAUGCACAAAGAAGAUGCAUCCAUCAACGUUAUGUACCGAUCCAGAUUGUCGUCAGGAUAUACCAGAACAACCUGUAGUCAGACUCAAGAACGUUCUCAACUCCAUGCGCUCAGAGGAUUUGAAAACAGUAAAACGAAUCAAUCAGUUGAAGGAAUUGCAAGUACAACACACAAGAAAACAGAUUCUCUUCCUUACUGGAUCAUCAUCUAACCACUUUAUGGAAUCCCAAGCAAUGCUAAAGAACUUCCAUGAAACCAUCCCAGCAGUAUUUAGUAAUUAUUCACUUAGAUACUAUGAUCUUGGACUAACACAAGCAGAACGGGCACAGGUUGAGAAGCACUGCAAAUGUGAUGUGAAAAUCUUCCCAUUGCAAAAGUUGGACAAGUGGAUGAGGCGGUUGGAAUGUUAUAUUUGGAAACCCAUAAUAAUACAGGCGAACAUAAAGGCUGCUGACAUUGUGGUAUGGAUGGACACUUCCAUCAGGCUACCGACGGAAGGGUUGAAGGAAGCUGUGAUGAACGUUCCUCUUCAGGGAUUGACCAUCGGUGGGUGGGGAGGACGAGCCCCUACAUUUAUUGACACAAGGAUGAUAAACUACUUCAAUACCACAGCGUGUAUAUAUGCGCCAUUCACCAUGGUGGAAGCCAAUUUCAUGAUGUUUCAUAAUGAAGAGUUUGUGAGAGAUGCCAUAAUUGCUCCUUGGAUGGCAUGUGCUGUAAAUCAUAAUUGUAUGUGUCCUGAUAAAUCCAUUCUUUAUUGUAAUUAUAGUCAGAACAAGUAUGGCAUUUGCCAUAGAUAUGACCAAGCUGCAAUCAAUGUAAUUGCUAUGCAGUUGUUUGGAAAGCAUAUCGAGAGUUUACAAGCAAAAGGUCUUAAGAGCGAAGUUAAAAGAGGUGAUUCUUUUGCAUAUUUCAAAUAUUUAGAUUCACAGUCGAAACAAAAGGGUACCUGACAAGUGAACGUGCCAGAAAGCGUCCAUAAUACUCUUCCCAAUCGAUCAGGGAAAAUACCCCCAAAUCUUUCACCCCCAUUUUAGUGACACUUUGUCUGAUUGGAAGAUCUACUCCCACUUUGCCCGCAGAUAAUCCGACCAUAGUUAACGAAUAUCGGAUCAUAAUUAACACCCUAAUUAGUGAGGUAAUGGCUGACCGGAUAUAACCAGUGUUGGAGCCUCGUGACCCAUGAACAGUGUUCACCACUUGCAAAACAAGUUUAGUCACUCACCAGUGUUCACAAUUUGCAGCUUUCUUUGUAAGUGAUGAACACUGUAGAACUGUCCUAAUAAAAACUCAAUUAUCAAUUAUUAAUUUCUUAGAUAAACUGAGAGGUGAACUCUCUUCACAGUACACAGCCUAUACAUAUUAAACCACUGCCAUCUGUCAGAGUUCCUUGUCAAUCUGAAUCAACUUGUGAAGACUGACCACAGACCUGUACCAAUAAUCUAUCAAGAAGAAAUUACCAUUGAGUAUUUCAGCAUUGCACACAUUUCCUCCUAAAAUACAUCCAAAGACAAUUGAAUCUAAAGUAACUGGAUUUGUCAAAACUAUCAUUUUUUUAAAUUCUAAAUCCUCUUGCUGAUUUUGUCAUUUCAUUUGUGUAUAUUUAGAAUAAUUUAUUGAAUUUCCAUCUGAUUAAUAAAAUGAUUCCGUUAAGGAAAUUUUAUAAAACGACAUGAUAUGUUUCCAAUUAAAGAAAGUGUAUUUUUGAAAUAAUUUGUCGUAAUAAACAUAUAUAUUUGUACACAUAUUAUAUCAUU